AUUAAUUUGUAGAAAAGUUGUAGAUAUAUUUUUUAAUUAAAAUUCAAUGAAUAACAUUACGUUCUCGUCUGUGCAGUUGCCUAAUUGUAAUUUCUUGUAUUUACUGUACCCGCCGUUGCAGAACAAGCACGAUGGAUUCAGAGACGAGGGGCUUAGAGAAAAAAGGGGACAAUUCUGAUCCUUCAGCAUCGUUAACGCCUAAGGAAGAAGUCAGUUUUACAGGAAGACUAGCUUUUGCUAUAGCGGCUUCGGCGAUUGGUUCGGCUUUUCAACAUGGUUAUAAUACCGGUGUCCUAAACAAUCCAGAACAGGUAAUGAAAGAAUGGAUCAAAGACGUAAUGACCAACAGGACUAACGAAAUACCAGAGCCCGAACAACUUACUGUAACAUGGUCAGUUAUAGUAGCGAUAUUCUGCUUUGGUGGAAUGAUAGGGGGGAUGCUUACAGGGACCAUUGCUGAUAGAUUUGGCCGAAAAGGUGGACUGUUGCUCAACAAUAUUUUCGUACUAAUCGCCGUAGUGCUGGAGUGUGCCGCGAAACCUGCGCGUUCCUACGAAAUGAUAGCUGCUGGUCGGUUUUUUAUUGGUAUUAACUCGGGUUUAAAUGCAGGUUUGACACCAAUGUACUUGGCCGAAAUUUCACCUGUUAAUCUACGAGGUGCGGUUGGUACCGUUUAUCAAUUAGUUAUAACGAUAUCCAUCUUUAUUGCGCAAGUUUUGGGAUUGGAGUAUAUUUUGGGAGGAGAUCGUUGGCCUACAUUGCUAGCAAUGACCAUCGUUCCAGCCAUCUUUCAAGUUGUGACACUACCCAUGUGCCCUGAAACUCCAAAGUUUUUGCUGUUGUCACGGGGGAAGGAAGUGGAAGCGCAAAGGGCUUUGACUUGGUUGAGAGGAUCAGUUGCAGUUUCAGAUGAAAUGAACGAAAUGCGUGCUGAAUUUGAAGCAGUUAAAUUGGUCCCGAAGGCCACCAUGAAGGAACUAUUCACGAAUAGUGCUUUGAGAAUACCACUUAUUAUUGCUUUAACCAUGAUGAUUGCGCAACAACUCAGCGGUAUCAAUGCGAUCAUGUACUUUUCCACUCAAAUUUUCACCGACGCUCACUUGAAACCAGACGACGCCCAAUAUGCCACGUUAGGAAUGGGGGGUUUAAAUGUGUUUAUGACUUUGGUUUCAUUGAUACUUGUUGAAAAAGCUGGACGUAAAACAUUAUUGCUGGUGGGUUUUGCUGGAAUGACAAUUGAUGUUUUCGUGCUCAUCUUUACAAUGAUCUAUUCUAAAGAAUCUCAGUUCGCUAGGUACAUGUGCAUAGUGCUGAUAUUGAUCUACAUAAUAUUGUUCGCAAGUGGCCCAGGUUCGAUACCAUGGUUUUUAGUUGGUGAAUUAUUCAAUCAAUCUGCACGGCCAAUGGCUACCUCCUUAGCGGUAAUGACCAAUUGGGCGGCGAACUUUGCAGUUGGCUUGGGAUUUCCACUAAUAAGAGACGCCAUAGGUCCCUAUGUGUUUGUUAUCUUUGUCGUAUGUCUGGCCCUAAGUACAGUAUUCAUUUAUAAAAAAGUGCCAGAAACGAAAAACAAGACAAUAGAAGAAAUUGCAGCGAUGUUUAGACAACAGUCCUAUCAAUAAGCUUCUCAAUACGAUGUAUCCUGUUGUAGAUGUAUUAAUAAUAGGUACCUAUAUUCUUUUGCAAUUGUUGCAGUUAAAAAUAACGCAAUGAACGCAAUUAAGAGGAAUAUAUAUUGAAAGAUUGUAGAAUCGCUAAACCAAGGUACUUGAAAUAAAAGUUGGCUGUUUUACAAACCAAUUAUUUAUUUUAAUGUAGUAUUUAUAGUUUCGACUUUUUCUAUGAUUAGUAAAUUGGUAAUGUACUUAUUUGUAGGUUUUAGUUUGAUUUAUACCAUGACACCAUUCAAAUUGUUAAAUUAGAGGUAUCGUGAAUUUGUGUACAUACCUAAUAUCGGUCCAUAGUACCUAUAUCAAACAAUGUUGCAAUUAUUUUUGUAAGCAUGUUACUCGUUAAGUAUAGAGAAAUGCCAGAAAACUAAACUGUUUUCCAGAA